AUGCGGAGUGAUGUGCUGACUAAAGGAAAGAACACGCCGCGCUUUUCUCGCGCCGCGCGCAUUGUCUCGCAUCGCGCGGUAAAGAGCGCGAUGAGCCCAAACGAGCAAGCGGGAUGGUCCAUCCUUCCGCGCUCCGAUGCAAUAGUGACGUGUGUGGAAGAUCCACAAUUCAUGGACGCACUGUGCCAUUUUGACGCGUCGCCCUCGGCGGCGCGCAUGGGAUUCCUCAAAGUGCUCCUGCGCAAGUGCAAUAUCCGCGAGCUCUCCCACCUCGAUACGCUGAUCGUGCCAGAGCUCAAGGUCGAUUUUCUCCAGCGCCUCCCGAUCGAGGUGGCACUGCACAUUUUGCGAUACCUGGACGAGCCAUACACGCUCACCCGAGCUGCCAUGGUGAGCCACGGCUGGAGUCGGAUAUGCAAAGACGAGAGCGUUUGGGCGCACAUGUGUGUGGUGUACCACUUUAAUACCCAGGCGAAACUGCAGUGGAUGCUGACCAACCUUCUGCCUAGCGCCGACGAAACUGUGCACGACGCCAAAGCCGCGCCGCUCUUGCGCCGGCGCCGCUCUCAAUUUUUCCAUGGGCAGGAUGCGAUGGACGUGGACGAGAGCGAGCGGAUGUGGCUGUGUGCACGUACAGUACACGAGACCAUCUCUUUGCAUGACUAUUUCCGCACGGCAUUUAUCACAGAGAGCAAUUGGUACCGCGGCGGCAGACUGCUCACACAAUACGAGUCGCUGGACCCGACCGACUUGGACGCCGACCCUAACAUGCACUUGGCGCUCACAUCCUGCGCAAUGGACGCCAAUUGGGUCGUGGUUGGAUCGACUAACAAGGUGGUCUACGUCUUCUCCGCACGUACCGGACAGCUCGUCCGUACCCUCGCUGGUCACGAAAGCGGCGUGUGGUGUUUGAUGCUGAUCCAAGGCGAGCAGCUGCCGCCUCCCGAUGCAAUGGGCAGCGGGAUCGCAUCCAAGGACGGGCUGAUGCGUGUAUACCAAGACACGCGCCCUUGCGCGCGUUUGGCGCUCCAGGGCGCCGCGCACGGUGGACUUUUGCUGAUGGACGCUGCGCAUGCGACACAUGCGAGCGGAAUGGAUGCGCCGCUUGCACACACACGCGGCUGGGGCCGCUCAGAAACGCUUUUGAUCAGCGCCGGGACAGACAGGGGGCUGCGUGUGUGGAACGUGCACACGGGCGAGUGCGUGCAAAUCUUGCGCGGGCAUACGUCGACCAUCCGGUGCAUUCAAGUCUUGCCGCGGCGCCCGCUCGCGGUGUCGGGCUCGCGCGAUGGGACGCUGCGUGUGUGGGAUUUGGAGCGCGGCACGCUGCUGCGCGCGCUGGUCGGGCAUCGCAAUUCGGUGCGGUGCAUGGACACGCAUGGGAAUAGAGUUGCGAGCGGCAGCUACGAUUUUACGUGCCGCGUAUGGGACGUGGAUACGGGCCAGUGCCUGCACGUUCUAAAAGGGCACCAGAUGCAGAUUUACGCAGUUGCAUUUGACGGCAAGCACGUCGUGACGGGUAGCAGCGACUCGACUGUGCGCGUGUGGAAUGCGGAGACGGGCGCGAACAUGGCCAUCUUCCAAGGAUAUACCCACGUCGUUGCGCAGCUUCAGCUCCACAAAGGCUUCCUCGCGUCGGGCAGUGGAGACGGGCGUGUGAUUGUCUUUUCACUGGAGACGUUCGAGUGUUUGUACAGGCUGUGUGCGCACGACAGCAGCGUAUCGACGCUACAGAUGAACGACGAUUUCCUCGUCACGGGCGGCGCCGACGGCCUUGUGAAGCUGUGGGAUGCGCGCAGCGGGCGCUUUUUGCGGCAGCUGUGCGAGCCGUGCGAUGCGGUAUGGUCUGUGCGGUUUAUGGAGGACAAAUGUGUAAUUCUAUGUAAACGCAACGGGAAAUGCUCGGUGGAGAUCACUUCCUUCUUGCCGCUGCAGCACGCCACGUAG